UAAACAUAAUGGUGGAACCGUAAUUUACCAACUAACCGACAAUAAACAAAGCCGCGAGAUUCCGAAUGGCCAACCGAAAGAUCGGCCACCUAAAAACCUCAAACGGAACCAAAAGCUAAAACCCUAGCCCCAGCUGAAGGCUGAAGCGAGCUCAAAACCCCCAAAAUUCAAAAACCAAGGCCAACGACAUAUCGUCACAUAAGGAUGUUCAUGGCGAACCGACGGCGCCUCCAAGUUCUGAGCCGCCACGCCUCAGCCCUCUUCUCCACAAACACUACAUUCCAGUCCCUCCAAACUCCACCUGCCCUCCCCAUCUAUCAACCCCUCAAAACCCUCACCUCCAAAUUUCCUCUCAUUUUCACCAACCCCGAUCCCAAUUGGUCGCAAACCCGCCAUUUCUCGUCGAGCCGAGUCGGAGAUGUGAAUGAAGACAAUGAGCACAGUGAAGAAGAAGAAGAUGAUGACGACGAUGACGAUUAUGAUGAUGAUGAUGAAGCAGUUGGGGACAGUGAGGACGAGAGUGUUUCUGGGUGUGGCUCGAAAAGGGAGUAUACUGCGGAGGAGAAAGAGGCGGAGGCCGCCGCUAUUGGGUACCAAGUGAUUGGGCCUCUUCAGAAAUCUGAUCGGGUUUUCAAACCGUAUGAGCCGGUUUUCGCUGUGGUUCAGAUUGGUUCGCAUCAGUUCAAGGUUAGCAAUGGGGACUGCAUUUUCACUGAAAGAUUGAAGUUCUGUGAAGUGAAUGAUAAGUUAAUAUUGAACAAGGUUCUCUUGCUGGGCUCAAGUAGUCAGACAAUAAUCGGUAGGCCCCUACUACCAGAUGCAGCAGUUCAUGCAGUUGUUGAGGAGCACGCAUUAGAUGCAAAGGUAAUUAUUUUUAAGAAAAAGAGAAGGAAGAAUUACCGUCGAACCAAAGGACAUCGCCAGGAAUUGACGAAGUUGAGGAUAGUUGAUGUUCAAGGGAUUGAGAAACCAGAUGUCCCUGAAAAGCCUCCAAAAGCACCCGGUAAGAAGCCAGAAAAGGUUGCUGUUGCUGCUUAGGAGAAACGUUCCCUAUGGUUGAAUAUUGGCAAUAAUGGCAUUCCACUCAUAAGGUUGUGCUUUAUGGUGAGCAUGAUCAGAUUCCUACGUUGCUCCGUGCACAUUUUGGGAUGCCAUUCGAAAUAGAGAUGUAGAUUGAACCAGAGGUGGUGGGUGUUGUAGGAUUUGUUACACAAAAAUUUUUGUUUUGUAUCUUCUGUAUUCAGAAGUGCAAAUUGUGAAACCGUGAGCUGAAUGAAUGAGUUUUGUUCCCUAAUAGAUAUUUUCUUUGCCAUCA